AUGAUCCAUGUGUCAUCUUACCAGCGCAAACCUUAUAUGCCUCCACCAUGUCCUGGGUGGCCGAAAGGCCAACGAGACGCCAUCCUUAUCAAUGUUGAUAGAGAGUAUGAGUGGCCCCAGUCAGGGUUAAGGGGGCACGCCAUCUGUGAAGUGCAGCUUAUCAUCCGUCCAAUGGCCCGACGAGGCUCUCGUAUCACCUGGCAAGAUCAGUAUCUAUGCUAUGUGCAUAACCUGAAGGUUGGCACAGUCCAUCCUGCCGCUGGGAUGCAUGUAUUGAAGUGUGCUAAGCAUGCGGAUGGUACUCCAGUAGGUAACAUAGUUCCCCUCAAGCAAAUGCGUGCUUUUAUCAGUAUAAUACCUGAGCUGGGAGCUGCAGCGGACGCGCGGUUGACAAAGGAGACUUCUGCACAUUAUUCCUCGUCAUUUUUCUUGAACAAGUACUUCAACAAGCAGCUUUAUUAUGCACUUUACCAUGCUUCAUAA